ACUAUUUGUAAGAAUAGACUUAUUAGAAAAUAUAGACUGUGUUGGUUUUGUUGUUGACAAGUUGAAGUCUUCCAAAUGUGUUUGGUUAGGAUCACAUUUCUCACCAAAAAACAAUGAUGAAGGUGAGACUCUUUUUCCUCUUGGCCAUUGUCUGCACUACUGCCUACCCAACUCAAGAGAAGAGCCUCAACAUCACAGACUUAACCUUCAAGAACAUGGACUUUGCCAUGAAUCUCUACAGGAAGAUUGCCAGCGACCAUGAUAAUAACAUAUUUUUCUCACCCUUGAGUAUAUCCACAGCUUUUACCACCCUCUCAAUGGCAGCACAAGGUCCCACACGAGACGAGAUACUGAAGGGGCUAAACCUGGCCCACCUAGAUCGGAAAAACCAGCCCAACAUCAUUCCAGAACUCUUCCAACGUCUCCAGGGUAACAUAAGUCAAGAUGGGACAUUGAAAAUAGACCAGAGCACCUCACUCUUUGUUCGCCUUAAGUUUGAGGUAGAGAGAGACUACAGUGACCAGAUCAAGAAAUUCUUCAACGCUGAAAUCAACAAUGUGGACUUUGCGGAUACAAAAGCUAGUAUCGAUACAAUCAAUAAUUACAUAAUGAAAAAGACUGGUAAUAAAGUCAAGGAAAUGGUUUCUGACUUGGAUCCAUUAACCCAACUCAUGCUCAUCAACACUAUUUUCUUUCAGGGUGAAUGGAAGAGUCCCUUCAACCCCAUUCAGACUGAAAACGGACGCUUCUAUAUUGACAACUACAACAUUGUCCAGGUGCCCAUGAUGUUUAAAAUGGAAGAUACAUUCUACACAAUGGACGAUAUUUCCCUGAAUGCCAAGGUGCUGAAACUACCAUACCAGAAUGGUGUUUCAAUGCUUAUCCUGCUACCCGACAAAGGCCUGGAUUAUACCACAAUAGAUGACGAGAUCACCGCUGAGAGAUUCCUCAGGUGGACCAGAAAUCUCAAGGAAAGGAAAGUGGAAGUUCAACUGCCUAAAUUCAAAAUGGAGCAAUCCUAUGCCAUGCACAGCAUCCUACCAGAUUUGGGUAUAUCCAGGAUCUUCCUUGACACAGCCAAUCUCACUAGGUUGAGCAACAACCCAGGCCUGAAGGUGUCAGAGGUUUUUCACAAGGCAGUGAUCGAGGUGGAUGAGAGGGGCACCACUGCAGCCACCGCCACAGAAGGUGGCAUUGUUGCAUACUCCUUACCCUAUUCCUUCAUUGUCAACCGACCCUUCUUCUUUUUCAUCUACCAUGAAGCCACUAACAGUUUGUUGUUCAUGGGCCGAGUGAUUGACCCGACUAAAAACUAAGCCUACUGGGUAAAGGCAUUUGGUGCCUGGAGAGGUGUUGUACAUACAGUAUGUUCCAUUUGUAUGUGUUAAUAAAGGAAAACCAGACAUU